AAAUCAUCGCUUUGUUGUUAUUGUUUACAUCUGGUACGGUUUGGAAAAUGCCUACUAAAAUUUACCCUAAAACUCGUUUAAAGCCUAAAAAGCAUUACGCGUAAUGAUACACAAUAUACAUUAGCUUGCACUCACUGCCGAAAGGACUAUCAACAAUGGAUUUACCUUCCAUCAAACAAGAACCUUCCGAAACGGAUGGAACACCUAACUUUCACGAUGAUGCCGGUUCGGAUUUGGUCAGCGUCAUUAAAUGUGAGGAUUAUCAAUUGAUGGAAGCUGCGACUGACGACAAUCCGGUAUCUAUAAAAGAGGAUCCGUGUAGCUUUUCUGACGUAAAAGAAAGCCCCCAAGAUGUACCCUCGCCGGAAACGCUCCACUGUCCGGAUUGUAACAAACCGUGUCCCAGCGCCAAUGCAUUGCGGUUGCACCGGCGUAGACUGCACAAACCAGCCGAACCGGUCGUGCGGCCCCAGUACCGCUGCACCGAAUGCGACAGAACGUUUCAAUUUCAGCGGAAGCUAAAACACCACCAGGAAACGCACAACCAGGUGCCGUGCCCGGUGUGCGACAAAAUUGUAGUGCAGCGCAGCCUUAAAGAACACCUUGCCGCGCACGAAGGAGCCAUCCGGUGCGCGGUGUGCAGCAAAACGCUUUCCUCCUAUCGGGCCUUAAAUCUGCACCGCAAGCUGCUACACGCUAGUAGCUCGGAUCAUACGCGCGUGGCAGCGGAAAAGACACGAUGCGGCGAGUGUGAUCGGGUGUUCUCGAACGCCGCCCAGCUAAACUCGCACAUGCGCAGCCACCAGCAGCAGGAGUGUCCGGUGUGCAAAAGCAUGCGCUCAAAAUCGUCGAUCAAGGAGCACAUUGCGUCGCAUGGCGGUGCGUUUCGGUGCGCCGUGUGCGAUGGGACGUUUUGCUCCAAGCGCCGGUUGAAGUACCACAUGGCGUCGAAGCACGCGGCGGAUGGAGGGGCAAUGGCGACGGAGAACGAGGCGAAGGAAGAAGGAAAACACAGAUGCUUACAGUGCAAGCGGGUUUUUGACAGUGAAAAACAGUUGCUAGAGCAUGGUUCAGUGCAUCAAAGGAAGCAGUGCCCGAUUUGUAGGAAAAACGUUAGACAAAGGAACUAUCCGGCGCACAUGGCGGUGCACGCGUACCGUAGUUGAGGUAGAGGGGAGAGAAAAGAGACUGUUUUAAUUGUGUAAUACUUACGUGCAUAACUUAAGUUCUUCCUUCCACAUAUGCUGGCACAUUCUUCGGACACGUGGAUCGCUUUAUGCACAAGUCUUCUCCAAUAUUAAGAUUAAUUGAGUUGCUUAAUUGAAUAUAAAUUAAUUUAAAUUUAAUUGUCUUAUAAAUUACAAUCGAUAAAAUAUAACUCAAUUUAAAUAAAACGUUCAAAAGCAGCCUUCACCGUUCUAGUCUUUUUCUAUCUGUCAUGGCUGUGAUGGCACCACCAGCCUACUACGAUGUGAUGAAGUCAUCCCUAUCACUAUGGUAACGAGUACCUGCGAAAAGGCAUCUGUCAAAAUCAUUGGUUCAGACUUGCGUUAUAAAUCUCGCUUGAAUUGAAGGAAACAGCUCCACUUCAGCAGCCAGCAGCUCCCAUAAGCGAAGAACAAUGGAGGAUAACGAGUAUAGUGCCUACUCGCUACAGAGACUUUUCCAUCAAAGCUCAGAAGACUACUUUCGAGAGUAUUUCGGGUUGAACGAUAUCGCCCCAGAGGAGCAAAUUACUUCUACAACCAACGAAGACAACCAGCUAAACGAAUGGCCGCCCGCUCCGGUAGUAAACUAUUGCACGAAGUACAAGGAAUUGCAAAAGCAGCUGAAAGAAAUUAACAAGGAGAAUGUAACCUUCCAGCACCAGCUGCGGGAAAGCGAGCGCAAACUGUUGACAGUGACGCGUGAUCGGUCCUUCCUGCUGGACCGGCUGCUCGUCUACGAGCCGACCUUACCAUCGUCCUGCUUCCCUUCCAGCAGCUCCGAAUCGGACGCAUCAACGGACCAAUCGCCGGCGAAGGGGCGUACAUUAAACCAGCGCCCGAAACGAAAGCAAUGUAACCACUCACCGGCGAUGCGCGAACCGUUGGUGAAGCAAAGGAAAGGAAAUUAAAAUUUGAAUUACAAAAA